AUGACCUCCAAAUCGCCCGACCCUGCGGCGGAUCCUGCAAACCCAACGGAGCGAGCACUUGCUCACGAUGGAGACGCAAAUUACAAAGCCAAGGCCGAAGUGCUGAAUCGCGCGUUCCAGGAUAUCGGGAUGGGUCGAUACCAAUGGCAGCUUUUCGUCGUGAUCGGAUUUGGGUGGGCGAGUGAUAAUCUCUGGCCCAUUGUGACGUCCUUGAUAUUACCAGCCGUAUCGGCUGAGUUCAAUCCUGGAAAAGCACCGGUCUUGACCCUGGCGCAGAAUAUUGGCCUGUUGAUCGGGGCGGUGUUUUGGGGAUUCGGGUGCGACAUCUUCGGUCGGCGAUGGGCUUUCAACCUGACCAUUGGAAUUACCGCGGUGUUUGGACUUGUUGCUGCUGGAUCGCCUAAUUUUGGUGCAAUAUGCGCGUUUGCCGCACUGUGGUCGAUCGGUGUUGGUGGGAACCUGCCUGUUGAUUCGGCUAUCUUCCUCGAAUUCCUACCUGGAUCCCACCAGUAUUUAUUGACAAUCCUCUCUAUUGACUGGGCACUCGCCCAAGUACUAGCCAACUUGAUUGCGUGGCCGCUGCUUGGGUAUCGGACUUGCGCUUCCGAGGAAGGAUGCACCAAGGCGAAGAACAUGGGCUGGCGAUACUUCAUGAUUGCGAUGGGUGGACUUGCGAUGGUCAUGUUCUUCAGUCGAUUCCUCUUUUUCACAAUUUUCGAAUCACCAAAGUACCUGAUGGGGAAAGGGCGAAACCAAGAAGCCGUGGAAGUCGUCCACGAGAUCGCGCGGCGGAAUGGGAAGUCCUGUGAUCUAACACAAAGCGAGUUGGAUGAACUGGACCAAGGUUCCUCGCAGCAUUUCAGCACCUCGAACAUUGUCCGUCAGCGUCUUGAGAAAGUCCGACUUAACCACAUUCGAGCCCUUUUCGAUACCCCUAAGCGGGCGUGGGCCACCACGUUGAUCAUUCUUAUAUGGGCUUUCCUCGGCCUAGGAUUUCCCCUCUACAAUGCUUUUCUACCAUACAUUCAGCAGUCCCGUGGUGCCGAAUUCGGGGAUGGAUCAACAUAUAUCACCUAUCGCAACUCUCUCAUUAUUGCAGUAAUGGGAAUCCCAGGAUGUCUCCUUGGUGGAGUGUUGGUUGAACUUCCACGCAUCGGCCGCAAGGGUGCCCUGUUCUUGUCCACAGUGUUGACUGGCGCCUUUCUCCUGGCCUCAACGACAGCUACCACCUCCAAUGCUCUCUUGGGAUGGAACUGUGCCUUUAACUUCAUGAGUAGUCUCAUGUAUGCUGUGCUUUAUGCAUACACUCCCGAGAUCUUCCUCACCAAAGAUCGAGGUACCGGUAACGCUUUGACUGCUUCUGCCAAUCGAAUUUUCGGUAUAAUGGCGCCGAUUAUUGCCAUGUUCGCCGAUCUUAAUACAGCUGCUCCUGUCUAUGUGAGCGGUGCACUUUUCAUCGCUGCUGGACUUCUUGCACUCCUGAUGCCGUUUGAAUCACGGGGGAAAGCAAGUCUCUAA